AUGGCUACCGAGAAAUCCAACUCUUUUGGUGAAAGAAGAGUCCCUCUUUCUUCUAGUACUUCUGAAAAAGUAGCUGCCCAGGCUGCUAUAAGGGCUUCUUCUGGUGCUUUUGCUCAGCUUACCUCUUCUCAAAUUCAAGAGCUCAAGGAAGCUUUUGCCUUGCUUGACAAGGACGGUGAUGGAAAUAUCGGCGAAGACGAUUUGAAAACUAUGCUUUCCUCGUUAAAUCAAGACUCUUCUAGUCAGGUCAUUCAGCAAAUGUUUGAUUCUGUUCAUCCUCCUAUUAAUUUAGCUUCUUUCCUCACGUUCAUGGGUUCAAUGUUGUGCCGUAUCUCUCCUAGAAUGGACCUCUUGGAAGCUUUUGCAACUUUCGACGAUACUCAAUCAGGUAAAAUUCCAAUUGGUCUGUUAAAAGAAGCCUUGUCCACAAUGGGAGAUCGGAUCGAUGCCAAAGAUGUCGAGUCUAUUCUCCGUUCACACACCAGCCAUGGAAUGUUUUACUAUGAAAAAUUUGUGGAUGCGGUAGCUGGUUCUAAAGACAACAACUAG